GCCGAAUCUCCGCGGCACCAUACGCGUCCUUUUGAGUCGAGACUUUUAUAAACCGUGCUCCUUUCGCCUCUACUACCUACCCUCUUGACAACUCACAAUGUCGUCCGGUACAGGAAUUCGUAUAGCCCAAGCCUUAGGAAUCUCAGGCUCAGCCUUCGUAGCCGGGAGCAUCAUCUCCAUCUCCGUCAUCUCAGCCCCCGUCCUCCUCACUCCCACCAGUUUCUUCUCUACAGCUCACGCAGCCCUUCAAUGGAAACACCUCUACACACGAGGUGCAACCCUCAUGCCACCUCUUGCCUUGGUCGCCUCUUUGGCGCACUUCUAUCUAGCUUGGAAAGCUCACACCCUCGAAUCCGUUAUUUCCAGCUCUCGCUCCUUAACAAGGUUGUACAUGACGGCUGGAGCAUUGACUAUAGGAAUCGUACCAUGGACAUUAUUGGUUAUGGCACCUACGAAUGAUGCUUUGAUCAGGAAAGCUGUCGAUUCUCCCACUGAAGCUGCGGUCGCGUCCUCAAAGACGUACGAGACGGAAGACUUGAUGGAAAAGUGGAUAACGUUGAAUUUCGUGAGAGGGUUAUUCCCCUUGGCCGGGACUGUUGCAGCACUUUAUGCUACGUUGUUUUGAAAGGGGGGCGAUUUGGAUUCUUGGAGGAUGGAUGGAGUUACGUCUCAAUACACCACCGUUCAACAUUCAACUACUCGAACUGUACGUGGUGUACCGGCACAUCUUGAAAUCCGACCUUCGCACAUUUGCUCCCGUAUUCAAUUAGAUUUCACACAUCAGAUCGUCGAAAAUUAACUUCUACAUUACUUUAAUUUUACACUCUCCAUGUCAAGAGACACCAUUCAACUGACGAUUGAACCAGAUUGACUGCGCUUGAGCACACUAACUCACUCACUGCUGGAAUGUCCUGCUGGAAUGUCGUGUGUAGUACGGAGAGAGGGAGGAGAAUUGAACGUUGAUUGAAUGUUAAUAUUGAAGUAGCGGAACAAAUUCUGGAGCUAUCCUGUUUCACUGCACCACAGGUGUCCUAGUAUGUGAAUACAGGCGUUGAGUUCAUUGCGGAUUUAAGUAUGAAGGAAAUGGGUGCC